UCGCAUCUCAACCGUUAGUUGAUGACUUACUUACCAAAAACAAAAAUUAUUUCACGUGCGUUACUCGUAGAAAGUUUAUUAUGUAAAAAAGUUAUAAAAUUCAGAAGUGAAUUUAAUUGAAGGACAGCCAAAAAAAUCAAAAUUGCAUAAGUAGUAAUUUCACUUUCGAAUUUACAAUAAAUAGUAUUUUAAACUGGUUUUACUUGUUUGUGACAAAAAUGAAAGAGCUUUUAAUGCAGUGUAGUGCUAUUGUUCUUGCAAUUCUCGUAAUUCUUUUAAUGUAUCGUCUCUAUCAUUAUUUGACAUGCGGUAGAUUUGUAAAGUACAAAAUGACGAAUAUGGAAGGAAAAGUUGUGAUAGUUACGGGAGCGAAUUCCGGCAUUGGCAAGGAAACUGCAAAAAGUUUGGCGAAAAUGGGAGCAAAAGUGAUUAUGGCUUGUCGUAAUAUGGAAACUGCGAAUCAAGCAAGAGAUGAAAUUUUACUGCAGUAUCCUGAUGCCAACCUCGUAAUUCGUAAGCUAGAUCUCAGCUCGUUCAAGUCAGUACGAGAGUUUGCCGCCGUAAUUAAUGAAACAGAGCCCCAUCUUGAUGUCCUUUUGCACAAUGCUGGCUUAGGAGGCGCCGUUUAUCAAUCUUUCACUUCCGUAGAUGGCUUGGAAAUGGUCAUGGCGACAAAUUAUUUCGGUCAAUUUCUUCUCACUCACCUGUUAAUCGACUUAUUAAAACGUUCUGCACCUUCCCGAAUUGUCAUCGUGUCAUCUGUGCUUCAUCAAGCGUGGCCAUGUACAACGGAAAAUUACCUCACACGUGCCGUUCCAUUUUUCCAAUAUUGCAAAAGUAAAUGCGGAGAAGUCAGAUUUACAGUUGAACUUGCCAAACGACUCGAAGGAACUGGCGUGACUGCGAAUUGUUUGCAUCCAGGAGUCAUUAAUACCGAUAUUUAUCGAAAUGUGAAAUUUCCAGCUUCGAUUCUCGUAUUUUGCAUGAAAAUGUGCAUGAAAAAGAUCUCGGAGGGUAUUUUGACGAGCAUUUAUGCCGUAACGGCGGAAGAAUUAAGACACACCAAUGGAAAAUAUUUCGUGGAUUGUGCCGAAAAAGAGCUUGCCAAGAAAUAUCUCGACGAUAAAGUGAAUAUUGAGCUUUGGGAUGCCACGAAAAAAGUUGUCAAAUUAACGGAUGUCGAUCCCAAAAUUUAGUCAAUGAUGAAAUUUAUUCGAGUUUUUAACAAUAAAGGUCAAAAAGUACAAUUUUUGUCGAUUAAUUGA